AGGUACCAGCACAUCUGAAAUGUGAUCAUUUUCUUUUUUCUCUUUGAGAGUUAGUUGUUCUGAAAUUUAUAAAAAAGAACAACAAAACUCACAUCAUAUACUAAGUUGUAUCAAUUUUAUUUUAUAGCUUCUGAUAGCUCAGGGUUUUAUUAGUGUAACCAGGUAAUAUAAGAGUUCAUAAUUUUGUGUUAAUUGGUCCUCUGUAUCCAUUAAAUUAUCAUUUUCUAAUCGGAGCUCUUUUCAAGAUUUAAAUUACGCUCUUAGGCUCUGCCCUUUUGUGAGAAUAUACGCAUUUAAUAUCUAAAAUUUGCAUUCAACGUAUUACUUGUAAACGCAAGUUAUCAUAAUGUCUAAUUUUGACUCUCCCUUAUUUGCUGCUGUAGAGAGCAAUAACAUAUCUUUACUGAGCACCAUUAUGCAAAAUAAAAUCAUUGACAUGAAUGAGCUCAAUUCAUGUGGCAAAACAACACUACACAUCGCAGUUGAAAAAGGAUUUGUAGAAUUAACAAAAAAGCUCAUAGAAGUGAAUUCUAAUAUUAAUGCACUGACGCCUGAUGAGAAAACACCUCUUGUAAUAGCAGCUGAGGGUGGUAAUGUUGCAUUGGUUAAACUACUAUUGGAACAACCUAAUUUAGAUGUAAGUAGGCUUCAACAUGGUAAAACACCUUUACACAUAGCUUGUGAAAAAGGUCAUACCAACAUUGUAAAAGUUCUGUUGGCGGAUAAUCGCUGCUCACAUUAUAUUAACACAUAUUUCAAUGGGAAAGCCCCAAUACACAUUGCCUCUGAGUAUGGUCAAACGGAAAUCCUAUCCAAUUUACUGGAGAAGGAACUUGAUGUCAAUGCUGUUGAUGACGAUGGCUGCACAUCACUCUGGAUUGCAAUAGAAAAGAAUCAAGAGAAAUGUGCGCAAAUCUUGCUCAAAGAUGAGAGAGUUGAUGUUAAAACCCGCCAUUUUAGUCAAACACCUUUAGAGCGUGCUCUGAAGGAGAAAAAUACAAACAUAUCCAAGUUAAUCAUUGACAGAGUUGGUGAUAUUGAUAUUACUGAUGAAGGUGGAUUAAAUCCUUUACAUCGUGCUGUAGAUGAAGGAAUGCUAGAUGUUGUUGAUUACCUGAUUAAGAAAGGAGCAAAUAUCCAAAGUAAAACUAAGAAUGGUAACACGCCUUUGCACAUUGCUGCAAUGGAUGGGCAUACAGAAGUAGCUGAACUUCUUGUAGAAAAUGGUGCUGAUAUCCAUGCAAGAAGUGAAAAUUAUCACAAUUGCACACCACUUCAAUUCGCUGUAGUAUGCUCAAAACUGGAAGUUGCAAAGUUUCUAAUUUCUGUGGGCUCGGACAUAAAUGCUUAUUACCCUCAUGCUCAUUAUGCAAUGGAUAGAGGAGGAACUCUAUUACAUUGGGCAUCACGGAAUAUUGGCGAAGAAGAAUUAAUAAGAUUUUUAGUAGAGAAUGGAGCGGAUGUAAAUGCCACCGAAAAGGAUGGAAGAACACCCCUGUGUUUGCUGGUGAAGCAUAAUCUUUCUCGUUCUCUUGAUACAAUGAGGUACCUUAUAGAGAAGGGAGCUACUCUUAACAAUGCCCGAGGUGGCACCCCGCUCUAUUGGGCUAUUCGCGAGGAUUAUGGUGGAGUCGAUCCCAAGGCAGCCGAUUUUCUCAUAGAAAUGGGAACUGAUGUCAACAGCUGUAUUGACUACCAUGGAUAUGAGUGCGAUCAAAUGAGAACUGCUUUACACUUGGCCAGACAUUUAUCUACCGUGAAUCUCCUCAUAGAUAAAGGUGCGAAUGUCAAUGCAAUGGACAAGUCACGAAAUACACCUUUGCACUCAGCUUGGACCCCAUCCAUUGCAAAAUGCCUCAUACAACAUGGAGCAGAAGUUAAUGCCUCAAACGAAUCGGGGGAUACACCCCUACAUUUUGUACAGAAUUUCCACACAGCAAAAAUUCUCACCAAGGAAGGUGCAAAUGUCAAUGCAUCUAAUAACGAGGGUUGCACACCAUUACAUACUGCUCGAAACGCAGCCAUAGCAAAACUGCUCCUAGAAAAGGGAGCAGAAUUGAAGGCAGUCUCGAAGGAUGGAAAAUCUGUUCUGCACACUGCAGCUGAGGGUGAAUUUGAGGGUGUGCCAGGCGUGGUUGAGUUUUUUUUGCAAAACGGUAUUGAUGUUGAUACCGUCGAUAACUACGGCAAUACUCCUUUGCACCUUUGUGGAAUAUCCUCCAAUAUUCCAGCUGCAACCGUAUUAUUGAAUAAUGGAGCUAAAAUCAAUGUACGUAACAAAUCAAACAAGAGACCCAUAGAGAUCGAUCGAUAUCCUGACUCAGUAAAUUAUCUUCUUAGCAGGAAGCUGAGUGCAGUGGAUCAAAUUUUUACCGCAGUUAUUGAUAAUGAGGGCAUCGAAAAAGUGAAAGGCUUACUUCAAACAGUUGAAGCUGUCAACCUGAAACAAGAAGAUAGUCAACUUACUCUUCUACAUCAUGCUGUGAAGCAAAAUAAUAAAACAAUUCUACGAUUUCUUUUACAAGAAAAAAUUACCCCAAGAAGCACUAACCGAAUUUUCCCUCGACUGUUCAAAAGAGGAGCUCCAAGGAGUGGUGAACCUCACAUCUCUCGUAUUUUGGAAAAAAUUAAUGUAAAUCCUCCCUGCAAGAAUAACUGGACUCCUUUGCAUUAUGCUGCUAAAGGAGAUGACCCAGAGAGCGUAACUCUACUCCUUCAGUGCGGGGCAGCAUAUGAAGCUAAGACAAAAGAGGGUAAGACACCCUUGGAUCUAGCAGAGUGUAACUCCAUCAGAGAAAUUUUGACAAUGGCAGAUGAACUUUUUGAAGCUGUGAAAAAAGGGAAACAAGAUCUCGUCAGUGAACUCGUAAAAAAGAAUAAUGGUAUUGUAAAUGCUGUCGACAGUAAUGGUUGCAGUCCUUUAUACUUUGCAGUAAGUAAUGCCCUCAAAGACAUAACAUCAUUACUUUUAGAAAAUGGUGCAAAUGUGGCUCAAGUGACCAAUUCAGGUAGCACACUACUUCAUAUAGCUGCUGCGAAGGGUGAUGCGGAAUUAACAGAUACUAUCUUCAAACAUGCUGAGAAGAAUGGCAGAGCAAAUGUUUUUGUUAAUGCCAAGGGAGAAAAUGGAACCACAGCUCUUCAUAUUGCUGCUCAGAAUGGAUCAGUAGAGAUGACAAAAGCUCUACUGAAACAUGGAGCCAUGUAUAACGCCAGAAACAAAGAAAAUAAAAAACCCUCCGCUCUUUCAAGGAAGGAGGAUGUCACCAGCAUUCUAAACUUGGUAGAAGAAUCAUUCAAAGCUGGGGAAGAAAAUACCGUGGAGCUGUUGAGCAGAUUACGGGAAAUGGAACUUGAUGAAUUUUUCGCUGUGACAAAUGCUCAGGAUUAUUACGGACAAACCCUACUGGAUUAUAUUCGUAAUAAUGGGCACCCAUUUGCAGGCAGUGAAUUUUCAGAAAUUAAGAAGUCCAAGGAUAGAGAACUUUUGUUGCAGACGAACCCAUGUUAUUAUUCUCAACCCCCUGUUUAUUCACAAGAAGAACUUGAUGAUAUAGAUUUAGGUUUUGGGUUAUUUGAUGGUUGAUUUUAGGAUAGACUCACGAUUUCCUCUGAAAAUUUCAGUUUUUUAAUGUAUUUCUUUGAUAGAAUUUACAUGUCAUGAUCAUCAGGGUAUUUUCAUUGAAAGCAGAAUUCCAUAUUCCGCAAACGUUUUGCAAUUUUUUGUAUGACAUUUUAAAUGAAAAGCAUUUUUUUGGAGCAUUAAGUGCACUUUACGUGUGAGCAAUAAACUUCCACCUAAUACAUGUACUAAACAUGGUAAUUCAAGUACUAAACAUACGGUAAUUUGCCAGGACAACAUACCUCUUUUAAGUCGAUCAACUGACAGAUUGCAGAUACUCGUAGAAAAGAAAUGAUUAUUCAUCUUCUCAUCCUAGCAACAGUUCAAGAAGCCAUCUGUAUGUGUCACCCUACAUUUUCGUAAACACCAUACAGUAUUCUCCUCAUCUGUGUAAUUAAUAUUGAACAUCACUGGUCGGGACGGAUCUAUCUACGAAAGACCUAAAAAGCUUACUAUUUUUACGGUAAAUAGACCUUCUCUGCAUGCUGACCUCAAAUUAUGGCUCGAUGUGGCUUUUGUUCUUUAUAUCUUUAUAAAACAGGAAGUUCUAAGAUCACUAGCCACUCUGGGUACAAUUUUCUAGAAAGAAGUUCUGAAAGGGAUCUUUUUACCCUCGUCAAGUUUACUGCUGUCGCUCUGCUGAAAUUCUUAAACCCACGGUUUUAAGAAUUUUUUUUCAUUUUGUUCCUCUCUUAUUAUUGUCGCACAAGAUGGUUUCAAAAUUUCCAAGCUGGUCAAAUACGUCAAUCAUGACUUCCUUAACUCGAACAUAUGUGUAGGUCAUACUAAGUAAGAAUUCAUCUCCGAACAUCCCUUUCUAACGGUCUGUUAGAAUAGGUCUUAUUUCUACCGCUGCAGAAGCCGUAUCAUUAUCACAUUUUCCCCCUCAAAAAACCUUAUUAGUUAUGAAAUUUGUAUUGUCUUUUUUCAUUCAUUAUUGAUAUGAAUUUAUUUUUUAUUUAUUUCUUUAUUUUACAGUUGGCAAGCCCCACUACACCAAAAAAAGGUAAUUGCAACAUUACAAUAAAACAGCAAAUAGAAUUGCUGCAUUACAGCAAAAUAAAUUAACUUAUUAAAUUGUCAUAAGUACGUUCUUUUGUCUGCUCCUGAUUAGUUUCUCAAAUCC